GAGGUGCUGGCAAGGCCUAUUCCAACCUACCGACGCGUUGAAUAUCGACACCGAGACCCUGAGCCAAGACGGGAUGGACUUGAAGGCGCCGAAAGCUCGCGAACUGACAAACCUCUUGCAGCGGAGCAUGGUUCUCCAGGACCGGCUGGAGACAGCAAAGAGGCGCUUAUCGCUCGACCAGCGCCGAGACCUGACUUCGGGUAA